CCCUCGUCAGCAACCCCUACCACCGCUGCCCCGACUCCCAUUGAACUCCCAGCGCUACCAGCGCCUCCGUCUGAGACGGAAGCAUGGGAUGACCUCAGCUCGUCCGCCAUCGAGUCCUUCGAUUUGGGCACCUUGCGAUCGAAGUUGGACCUAGCCAACCAGCUGAUCAAGACCCUCUCGUCAUCGCUAUCCUCACUACGCACCACGGCGACGCACUAUACCCUCCAGCACAAGCUCCUCAUGCUAGAGAAUUCAGAAGCGGCUGCCCGUCAUCAGGUGGAAUCAGAUAUCACUCGUCGUGAAGUAGAGGUACUCCGCCUCGACCAGGGUCCCUGGAACACCAACCAACAGACCGCGCUCGUAGAGGAGAACGAAUUAUACAAGCGGCGGCUAAGACGUGCUAAGCGCAGUCUCCGAGAGCACCGUGAGGAUCUCGGUGAAUUGAGGGACGAGAACGAGAAAUUGAAGAAGCGGAUUCGGGAUAACCGACAGCACCAGCACCAAUUGGAGGCCACUCGGUCUCCGGGCUGCCCUACCUCCUCCUCCGCCACUGCGGACCAGCAGCGGCUUACAACCAGACGGGAAGAUAGCCACAGAGGACCAUCGCGGGUACCGGGGCCACGCAAUGCUCUAGAAUCCGACACGAACAAUGAAGACGACGGACUAGCAGCCCUGGGCCUCCUAGCAUCACAAGUCCUCUCCCAAGAAAUGGUCGAGGAGGACCACUCCGACCACCGCCGCCAUCACCCUCGCCAUCACCACCACCACCAC